GCGCGAGCAGUCACUCAGUCAGCUGUCAGCAGUUGCGAGGUUCAUUCGGUUCCUAGCAUUCAGCGUCUCAACUUCAACUAUAAACGUGGUCUUGUGCUUAUACGUUUGUAUAACGUUAUAACCUUCCGCUAUUAAACCAUUAAACAAUACGAAAAAAGAACAACCCAGUUAACAACAUACGAAUUAUGGCACCCUCAUCAAGACUUGAUUUAGGAAAAGUGUGCUGCUACUCACAUCCAGAUGCUCCUCUUAUUGAGGAUUAUCGUGCUGGAGAUCAAAUUUGUUCAGAGUGUGGGCUCGUUGUUGGUGACAGAGUGAUUGAUGUUGGUUCCGAGUGGAGAACAUUCAGCAAUGAAAAAUCAGGUGUUGAUCCAUCUCGUGUUGGUGGUCCAGAAAAUCAUCUGUUAAAUGGCUCAGAUUUAUCAACAAUGAUUGGACCAGGUACUGGUGCUGCAUCAUUUGAUGCAUCUGGUACAGCAAAGUAUCAAAAUCGUCGUUCAAUGAACAGUUCUGAUAGAGCUCUGACAAACUCUUAUCGUGAAAUAAUAACAAUGGCAGAUCGUAUUAAUAUCCCAAAAGCCAUUGUUGAUAGCGCUAAUAAUUUAUUCAAACAAUUACACGAUGGCAAAUUUGUGAAAGGACGUUCAAAUGAUGCACUUGCAUCUGCAUGUUUGUAUAUAGCAUGUCGCCAAGAACAUGUACCACGUACAUUUAAAGAAAUUUGUGCUGUUAGUAAAAUAAGUAAAAAGGAAAUUGGUAGAUGUUUCAAAUUGAUAUUAAAAGCACUUAAUAAAAAUGUUGAAUUAAUAACAACUGGUGAUUUUAUGUCAAGAUUUUGUUCAAGUCUUGGACUGAAAAAUAUGAUCCAACGAGCAGCAACACAUAUUGCAAAGAAAGCUUGUGAUAUUGAUAUUGUUUCUGGUAGAUCACCAAUAUCAAUUGCUGCUGCUGCAACUUACAUGGCUUCUCAGGCAUCAAAAGACAAACGAACACAAAAAGAAAUUUCUGAUAUUGCUGGUGUUGCUGAUACAACAAUCAGACAAUCUUACAAACUCAUGCUUCCACAUGCUGUUGAACUUUUUCCAAAAGAUUUUACAUUUUUUACACCUAUUGAGCAACUUCCAUCUAUGUAAUUUCAUUGACAAAAGCUUAUGUAAGUUAUAUUCCUUUGUAAUCAAAAUUAUUCAUGAAAAGUUUCAAUUUUUCCUAUAUAUAAUAAGAAUGAAAAUAUUUUAUUUCGGCUAAUAUUCCUUGUAUCAACAAGUAGAGCUUGAGUGUCAAAAAAGUAAAACUUGAUCAAUCCAAAUAUAUUGUUUUUAGACUGAUAACCACCUUCGUUCAUGUAUAAUAUUAAUAUUAAUGGUAUUUUUAAUUCGUUUAUGCUUCAAAUUAACAAUUAAAAAAAAAAAAAAAAAUAACUAUGAAUUCAAAACAUUUAUAUUAAUUAUCCUCACAUAUUGCAACAAAUAAUAAUAAUAAUUAAUAAUUCACAUUUAAGUGUUAAAGAAAGCCAUGAUUAAUGUUUCUGUCUCACUGUAAUCAAUUUAUGAUUCAUUUUUCUUACUUACAAUCAAGUGACAAAAAAAAAAAAAAAAAAACCAAAAAA